AUGGAGGAAUACAAGGAGAACAUAAGCCUUAGUCUAAGUAUAGGAACAAGCCAUCAACAUGAGAAACUUAGCAAUGAAAACAAGAACAAAGUUCAACAACAACAACAACAACUGCAUGUUUUAUUCCCUGCUUCUACUACUUCUAAUCCAGAGGACGAUGAAGUCAUCGGCGAUAUCGCGCCACGGAAAAAGCUCAGGCUUACCAAAGAACAGUCUGACAUGCUUGAAAAUUCCUUCAGAGAAAACAACAUACUCAAUGGGAAUCAGAAGCAGGAACUUGCGAGGAAGUUGGACUUGCAGGUUAGACAAGUUGAGGUCUGGUUUCAGAACAGAAGAGCAAGGUAUCAUCGAAUGGCGUUCAAUCGACGUCUCAAAAUCGAUAAUUAA